AUGGUAAUUAUCAGUGAGUCCGAACGUGAGGAUUUCUACGAUGUCUUGGGUAGCGGCGGCAUCUUUCGCAAGAUGUUAACCGUGAAUGCUGACGGUAUUCAAGCAGAAUUUGGCGAAGAAGUGGGUAUCAAAUACUCAACGUGGGUACUCAAAUCGAACCAAAAGGUCGCGCUAAAUGAGGUUCGAAAAUUUCGGAUCGGAGAUGGCGAGGUGAUGCCCGCACUGGAGCUGGUGGCCAAGAUGAUGCACGUAGGAGAAGUGUGUGAGGUGCGUUGCGACGCCAGAUUUGCCUAUGGAGACGUGGGGCUGGACCCGCAUGUGGCUCCUGGCGCGGAGAUGAAGUUUGUAGUAGAGCUCUGUCGCGUUGGUAAAAAGAUCACGGCUGAGAUGGGUUCGCAGGAGCUGAUUGUUGAAGCGACGCAGAAGAAAGAGAGUGGAAACCGCUACUUUAAGGAGAAAAACUACGAGCAGGCAGCUAAGAUGUAUAAGCGAGCACUGGAGCUGCUCGAGUCGUGGGAACACUCGGAGGAGGAUGCAGCGCAGUGCAAAGAAUUACUGGUGGCGCUAGGAAACAAUGUGGGCAACGUGCAACACAAGUUGAAGCAGUGCAAGGAAGCGCGACAGUCGAGCUUGGAAGUGCUGCAGCUAGAUGGAAAGAACGUAAAGGCCAUGUACCGUAUUAGUCAAAUCGCGCUGGACCAGAACGAGUUUGAGGAAGCAUACCUGUUCUUGCGCAAGGCAGUGGAGAUCGAACCAAGGAAUGGUAAAGUGCGUCAGCUACUGGUGCAGCUCAAGACGAAGAAACGCGAUCAGAAGGCAUUGGAGAGAAAGCUGUACGCCAAGUUGGGAGGCAGCAAAGCUACGCGAAAUGCGGAGACAAGUAAAAUUGCGGCGCUGGUGGCACGUGCCAGACAGAAUCCACUGAUUAUCGCUGCAGUGGUGGCCGCUCUCAUUGCGGUCGUCAUGUUCACGUAUGUUGGGAAGUCAGACUUUGACACCGGCGGCAAGGACGAUGUCAGUACCGAUAAAGAGGCGGACCAGUUCACUGUGUAG